AUGAACAAGGACCUGUUCUUGAAGAUUGUCCACGGCGUCAGGGAGUACGACACGUACUUUAUGGCCAAGAAAGAUUGCACAGGUUUGUGGGGCUUCACCUCAAUUCAGAAGUGCACUGCUGCAAUGCGCAGUCUUGCAUACGGAGCUCCUCCAGAUACAGCCAAUGACUAUCUACGGAUGACUGAGUCGACAUGUACAGAGAGUCUCUACAGAUUCUACCGAGCCGUCAUAGCGGUGUUUGCCAUAGACUAUUUGAGAGCACCAAGAGCAGAUGAUACAACUCAGAUCCUGCAGAAGAAUGCGGGAAGAAAGUUUCCUGGGAUGCUCGGAAGCAUUGACUGGGAUUUACAAGGGCCAUACUACUGGUGA